GAGGAGCACAGCGUGACGUGGCAGAUGGUGCCCCGUGGCAGGCCGCGAGCGCAAGGCCUCGGCCAUGGGAGCCGCGUCCACGCCGGAGCUGGGGCCGUGGCUGGUCGGCUUCAGCGUCGGGGUUCUCCUCGACGUCGCCGCCCGCAGCGCCCUGCGACGGCGGUGCGGCCGCUCCCGCUGCGCCGCUCUGGCCGGCGCGCCCGCGCCCGCGGGCGGCCCGCCGCUGCUCGGAGCCCGCGGGCCCAGGCUAGCCAAGGCGCUACUGGCGGGUGCCCUCCUGGCGAGCGCCGCCGCGGCGGCCCGCUGCGGGCCGGCGCUGCGCGGCGGCGUCGCCGCGAGGAGGCCUGGCCGCCGCGAGGGCCCCGAGGCGGGUGCGGGCCCGGAAGCCGCCUGCGUGCUGCACUCUCUCGAGGAAGAGACCGACGAGGUCGUCGUGGUGGCGUCCAGCGACGGCACCAUGAGCUCGCGGUCUCAUCGGCAGAUGUCCGUGUCGUCGAGGCACGACGGGCGCUGACAGGGGCCAGCUCGCGCUGCGGCACCCGCCAUCCUCGCCAGGCACCAAGCGUUGGAGGAAUGCGUCGUUUCACAGGGCUCGGCGGGCACGACCCUUGCCCGUCCGACUUUUUUGGCGGGUUCUCGAGAGAUCCGGCAGCGGGGGGGAGACCGGCGCGGCCUCCGCGCUCCUUGGCGCGCCCGCGGUCUGCAGGACGGCCUGCUCUGAAUUCGAGCGUGGCCCCGAGCAACAGACGGGGCCUCGGCUGUCAGAGAGAAACGUACCGUCAUCGAUCUCCUUUCGCUUCGCGCUCU